AUGGGAAAGCGUCAGAUCGUCUUCUACGAGGACAGGAACUUCGGGGGCCGGCGCAGCGAGUGCGCGGGCGACUGCGCCGACCUGCGCGCCGCGUUCGACCGCUGCCGCUCCGUCCGGGUGGAGAGCGGCACGUUCGUGGUGUACGACCGGCCCGGCUACGCGGGAACCCAGCAGCUCAUGAGGAGGGGGGAGUACUCCGACUACGUGGGCAUGACGGGCAUGACUGACUGUGUCGGGUCCUGCCAUAUGAUCCCCGUGCACACCGGCGGCUACAAAAUGAGGCUGUACGAGCAUUUCGACAUGAGAGGCGAGAUGAUGGAGCUGACCGACAACUGCCCCAACCUCGUGGAGCGCUUCCACGCGUCCAACUUCAACUCCUGCAGCGUGAUGGACGGCCACUGGCUCAUGUACGAGCACGCCAACUACAGGGGCCGCCACUUCUACGUGAGGCCCGGCCAGUACCAGAGCUUCAGCGAGUGGAGCGCCGGAAACUCCCGGCUCGGCUCCGUCAGGCGGCUGGCAGAUCUCUAG